GCUGCUCGGGCGGGAGGCGGAGAGGAGCCCGGCGCCGCUGUCCGCCGCGGGGCCGGGGAUGGCGAGCCCCGCCGUGCUGGGGCUGCUGCCCCCCGUGAGCCCCCCCGCCGGCCCCAACCUCAACAACAACAACAACAACAACAACCAGAGCGUGCGGAAGUGCGGCUACCUGCGCAAGCAGAAGCACGGCCACAAGCGCUUCUUCGUGCUGCGCGGCCCGGGCGGCGGGGAGGAGGCGGCGGGCGCCCGGCUGGAGUACUACGAGAGCGAGAAGAAAUGGAGGAACAAGUCCGGGGCGCCCAAGCGGGUCAUCGCCCUCGACUCCUGCCUCAACAUCAACAAGCGGGCGGACGCCAAGCACAAGUACCUGAUCGCCCUCUACACCAAGGACGAGUACUUCGCCGUGGCGGCCGAGAACGAGCAGGAGCAGGAGGGCUGGUACCGGGCUCUCACCGACCUGCUCAACGAGGGCAAGGCGGCCUGCCAGGGCUCCCCGCACCGCCACCUCUCCUCGCCCUUCUCCGCCUCCUGCAGCGCCGCCGCCUCCUCCCUGGCCGCCGCCGGCGAGGACCUCAACUACGGGCUGAUCACCCCGGCCACCGCCGCCUACCGGGAGGUCUGGCAGGUGACGCUGAAGCCCAAGGGCUUGGGGCAGAGCAAAAACCUCACCGGCGUCCACCGCCUGUGCCUCUCAGCCCGCACCAUCGGCUUCGUGCGCCUCAACUGUGAGCUGCCCUCGGUCACGCUGCAGCUGAUGAACAUCCGCCGCUGCGGCCACUCUGACAGCUUCUUCUUCAUGGAGGUGGGGCGCUCGGCGGCCACGGGGCCCGGCGAGCUCUGGAUGCAGGCGGACGACUCGGUGGUUGCCCAGAACAUCCAUGAGACCAUCCUGGAGGCCAUGAAGGCGCUGAAGGAGCUGUCCGAGUUCCGGCCCCGCAGCAAGAGCCAGUCCUCGUCGUCCUCCUCCUCCGGGGGGGCCGCCGGGCCCGGCGGCAGCGGCACCUCCGCCACCCACCCCAUCACCGUGCCAGGCCGCCGCCACCACCACCUGGUUAAUCUGCCGCCCAGCCAGACCGGCUUGCUCCGCCGCUCCCGCACUGACAGCCUGGCGGCCGGCACCAAGGGCACGCCGUGCCGGGUGCGCACGGCCAGCGAGGGUGACGGCUGCCGGGUGGGCUCGGCAGCCGGCAGCCCCAUGAGCCCCGGCCCCGUGCGCACCCCCCUCAGCCGCUCGCAUACGCUUAGCAGCGGUGGCGGCAGGCAGGCGGGGAAGCUGCUGCCGGCGCUGGCCGGGAGCGGCCUGCCAAGCAGCCGCUCCAUGUCCAUGCCCGCCUCCCACUCACCCCCCUCCGCCACCAGCCCCAUCAGCCUCUCCUCCAGCAGCGGCCUCGGCUCCGAGCCGCCCCCCCUGCACCACCCGCAGCGCCCAUCCAGCGGCAGCGCCUCCAUCUCCGGCUCCCCCAGCGAUGCAGGCUUCAUGUCCUUCGACGAGUACGGCUCCAGCCCCGGCGGCGACCUGCGACCCUUCUCCUCCUCCUCCACCGCCAGCAACCGCAGCAACACCCCCGAGUCGGUCGCUGAGACCCCCCCGGUGCGGGACCCUGGGGGUGGCACCGACCUCUACGGCUACAUGGCAAUGGAGCGGCCCCCGAGUGGCCGGCUCUGCUACCGGCCCUGCCCCGACGCCGCCAACAAGGGCCAUCGCAAACGGACUUACUCGCUGACCACUCCGUGCCGGCAGCGGCCUGCCCCACCGCAGGUCUCCUCUGCCUCCCUUGAUGAGUACACGUUGAUGCGUGCCACCUUCACUGGCAGUGCCGGCCGCCUCUUCCCCUCUUGCCAAGCGGGAGCUUCCCCCAAAGUCACCUAUACCCCCUACCCUGAGGACUAUGGAGACAUCGAGAUCGGUUCCCACCGUAGCUCUGGCAGCAGCAGCACCAACCUGGGGCCGCUGGUGGUGGGGGGAGGAGGAGGAGGAGGAGAUGAUGAUGGCUACAUGCCCAUGACCCCCGGUGUAGCUGCAGCCUUAGGGCAGGGAAGCCGGGGUGGUGAUGACUACAUGCCGAUGAGCCCCACUAGUGUGUCUGCCCCCAAGCAGAUCCUGCAGCCCCGGGCUGGGGUGGGUGGUGGGUCCCCUGGAAAUGGAAGCAGCUACAAGACUAGCUCCCCCGGGGAGAGCUCCCCUGAUGAUAGUGGCUACAUGAGGAUGUGGUGUGGCUCCAAGCUGUCCGUGGAGAGCUCUGAUGGGAGGCUGAGCAGUGGCGACUAUAUCAAUAUGUCCCCCCGGGAUCCCCAGCACGGGCCCCAAGCUCCUUCCCUCACCCCCCCGGACUUUUUUUUCGCUCCUUCAGGGCACGGGGCCAGUGAGCCCACCAAGCCUGGCUGCUAUUCGUACAGCUCCUUACCCCGCUCCUAUAAGAGUCAGGGCCUGGCUAAGGACAGUGACCAGUAUGUGCUCAUGAACUCCCCAGGGAGGAUGAUCCCUGAGGAAGUGGUGUGCGGAGCGGGUCAGUCCCCUGCCGGCACCUUUGCUCCCUCCAGCCAUACGGUGCCUUCACCCCUGCGGCACAGCCGGACCGAGAGCUUCCUGAGCCAGCGGUGCCAGCGUGUGGUCCGGCCCUGCCGCCUCUCCUUGGAGACCUUGCGGACGCUGCUGCCCAGCAUGAACGAGCACCCCCUGCCGCCUGAACCCAAGAGCCCCGGCGAAUACAUUAAUAUCGACUUUGGGGAUGCCGCUGUCUACUCUCCCCCCUCGCUGCCCGCUGACAGCCCAGCCUCCUCCCUGGGCUCAGGCACGGGGCAGAGGCGCUCCCCGCUCUCCGACUACAUGAACAUUGACUUUGGUUCGCAGUCACCCUCCCAGUCGGGCACAGUCUCGGUGGGCUCCCUGGAAGCGCUCUCACCAGGUUCUUCCUCCAGCACAGGCCAGCCUGACAGGCGCUACCUGAAGGCGGCCGUGGGGGUGGCUUGUUUGUCCAGUCCAUCCGAUGGUGGGGAUUACACCGAGAUGACCUUUGGCAUGGCCACCACCCCACCCCAGCCCAUCAUUCAGAAGCCAGAAAGUGCCCGGGUUACCAGCCCCACGGCGGGGGUGAAGAGGCUCACCCUCUCGGGGGUGGAGGCGUUCAUUCUUUCCAGCCCUCCCCCCGACCCCAACCGUGGGGCCAAGGUCAUUCGUGCAGAUCCCCAGGGGCGUCGGAGGCACAGCUCUGAGACUUUCUCCUCCACCACCACUGUGACCCCCGUGUCCCCCUCUUUUGCACACAACCCCAAAAGGCACAACUCAGCCUCAGUGGAGAAUGUGUCCCUCAGGAAAAGCGAAGGCCUGGAGGAGGAGCAGGGCAGCAGCCCCAUGUGCCGAGAGACCUCGGCCGGCUUCCAGAACGGCCUCAACUACAUUGCCAUCGACGUGGUGGAUGGGAGCUUGGCAAACUGUGACAAAGCCAGGUCUAAAGCCAGGCACGUCCUGAACGGGGGCAUCAACGGAGUGGAGACAAGCGCCUAUGCCAGCAUAGACUUUCUGUCCCACAACCUGAAAGAAGCAAGUGCUGUGAAAGGAAGUACAGGAAGAUGGAAAAGAUGAGAGAUCCACCGUUUGCAGAGCAAGCUUUGAACCUAAUUAAGACGAGAGGAUUGUUGAAUGAAAUGUCAAAGCUUUAAAGGAUGAACGCUUACUCUGAAUGACUUGGAGGGCUGAGGGCAGAGCAUUAUUUGCUAGUCGUUUUUAGUUUUGCUGAAGUCAGUUUCAGGAUUCACAUGGCUUGAUUAAAAACAAUGUGAAUGCUGCAAUUAUUGGUUACAUAGCCUUAUAAAAGUCAGUCAAGCCUUGUAGUUCUGUUCCAGGACGCUAACUAACUAUUCUGCACAUUUCUUUGCAAACUGAUUUUUCACAAUAAUUGAUUUUUUUCUUGAGCUACCUACAACCCCAACUGCACACCAAGCCCGUGUUGGGAAAGAGCUAUUUCCACAACAUUCUCCAAACUGCUGACCCUAAGGCAAAGGGGGAAAACAGGGGGAGGGGAACCAGCUGCAGAGAAAACCUGGAGUGGAUAUGAGUGUUUUCAUCAUCCAGGCUAAAAGCAGGGGGAAUAAAAUAGUCAAUCAGUGAGAUCAGCAGGAGGAAUUGACUCCUGUCCUUCUAAUAAGGUAAACAAAAGGAUAAUGCAGUAAACGUAGCAAUGCUAAUUUGGUACAUGGUAUACAAAGAAGAAGGUUUAAUUCUGUAAAAUACUUGACAAACGGUGGUUAUAGACUUGCCUUAUUUUAAUAUUUAAUUUUUGUAUUUAUUUUUCCUGUUUCCUGAGGAAGCUUAUAAAUGCAGACUACAAUCAGAAGUGUUCUGGGUAAACUCUUUGAGAUUUAAUCUCUGUCUAGGAGGCAAAGCUAUCCUCUCCACUAUUCUAUUUCCCUGAAAAAUGUGUAAGCCUAUUGCGCAUAGUUAAAACUAUUCCGCUCGGGGAUUAUUGUAGCCAAUAUCAGGGCAAGGCGGUAAGAAAAAACUUGCACAAACAUCAACCAGCAGUGUUCUGGGUUAUAUUUUAAAAACAGAGUCUCAUGUUAAUUGUAUUUGUGGCAGACUAACUAGAAAAUUAAUUGCAUGGGAAAGUAGAAAUAAUUUUAUCAGUAUAAGUAGAACCAAGUCAUUAACUUUUUCAAAUAUCCAAGUUUCUGUUUUGUUUUUCAUUUGGAUUUCACACUGGAGUUUGUUUACAGAACUACUACUGCCACUGUUAAAAAGAUCACUCAGUUUUGUGCCAAAGCAUUUAAAUCAAAAAAUUGUUAUUUGGGAAAUUACUAGCACUCUCAUGUUUUACAAAGAAACACAUAUGCAAGUUGAAGAAAAAUGUAUUUUGAGCAUAAGCAAGAGUAAACUCUGUUUGCUGUUUUAACACCAUAGUAAUUCAGGUAGAUUUGAGAAAACCUAAUUUAGCAAAAUUAAUUAAUAGUUUGCAUAAGAGAGAGCUUUUGCCAUGUAUGAUCAACUUUGUUUACUUAGAUGUUUGCACUUCUUUUGAAUUUUGUUUUUAACUGUAUUAUCAGAGUUACUGAGUGGGAAACUUUACUUCUUCAAAACUAAAGAGAAGUUUGGAGCUAUUUUAAAACAAUGGAGGAUGUACAUUUAUUUAAUAACAGGAUCAGGAAGACCUCUUCUAGAGAUACAGGGUAUACAAGUAAGCUCCUUGCAGUGGGUUUAUCAGUAAAUUAAUAUUUCUGUGAGUGCAAAAUAUGUGUAAAAAAAAAUCAAAUUGAAUUCUUCCUAAAGGUCUGUAGCAAUAGAUGUAAAUGUUUUCAUGUGGUACUGUUUUAAAGUGAUACAAAUAAUUUCCUUUAAGUAACAAGGUGGUUGGCUUUCAUGUGUAGCUUGUCUUUGCUGUCAGUAACUUAUUUCUGCUGUAGGGAAUGCUGUACUUUUGGAAUUCUGUGUCCAUAUUAUCCUGUUGUGACAAGAGCAAGCUAGUACAACCAAAAUAGCUGUCAAAACUGAAAAAUUAAAAGAUUGCUUUAAAUGAUCAGUUUGUUUAGUUCUGCUGUACUCUGAAAGCAUGCAAAUAUUUAAGAGUGUGAGAAACACUUGCCUUCAUCUGAUAUGUAAAUAAAAUAAUACUGUUAUGGUCAGUUGAAACUCUUGUUAAACGCUGAUAAUUAGCUAGUCUUUGUUCUAAAAUUGGUUGCUUUUUGCUUAAAGAAGUAUGAACUGUGUGUGGUUUCUAUUAUUUAUGGAGACAUUUGCAUUAUGUGAGAAAAUGAGAAUAAAUUAUUUAUUUCAAUGGAUCUGUGACAGAUUACACCCAAAAGUGAUCUGACUUUUUACGGUGGAUCUUAGCUCUACUGAAUUCAGAUGAGAGUUUUGCUUUGAUUUCAGUGGGCUUUUACCCUUUGCACGUAAUUCUUAAGUAAAAUUCCCAUUAAAUACGGUGGUUGUUUUGCAUAGACUUUGAAAUAGGGAAUUUUGCUUAAUUGUGAAAACAUCAGACUUGCGUGGGUUAUCUUCAAUUUUUUUGUUGUUUCUACAGCUAAAAUGCUCUGUAACUUUUUAAAAGUUUCUAGUAGUCUAGUAGUUCUGAUCUAGUUUUCUAAAACUGAACAAAUACCAUGUAUAAUGAUGCAAAAAACUGAGGAUUGUUUUCAUCCUAUUUAAGUUUCUCUUGUCUUGGUUAUUUAAAGAAGACUUCAUCUGUAAUACAUCUAGUUAAAAUCGUAAUAAGGUGAUUUUUUUUUUAAUAAUGGUAAUGAACCCCUCAUUGUCAAAUAGCUCUUGCUUUUGUGAGAGUUCUAUGACUGCACCUAAACAAUAAAAAGCCUAUCUUAAGCAACUCUGUGUCUUUCUAAUGGCAUUUUAGA